AUGGCCACCGACCUCGGUGGCUUCCUCGCCUACUACGGUGCUCUCGUGGACGGCGACGGAGCCGGCUGGGAGAUUGGCGGCCUCCCCCACACCGGUAUCGCGGGCUCGCACGGCAACUACGAGGCCGACAGCUCGCCGCUAAAAUCCGACCUGAACUAGUACGGCUCUAACGAACGCCUUAUUAUGAGCCAGUUCUACGACCUCUACAACCGCUAGCCUAACGACAGCACCGCUAACUACAACCUCGAGGUCCUCCGCGCCUUCCGUAAGGACCGCUUCUACGAGUCUAUCGCUAAGAACCCCGACUUUACCUACAACCCCUUCGCCGGCGUCCUCGUCUCCUAGGCCGCCUUUACCUUUAUCUACCGCUUUAUGUCUAACAAGUCCGCCGAGAACCCCGAGAGCGUCCUUAACCGCGACGUCCUUAAGAGCUUUAUAGCUAUCUCCGGCCCCGAGGACAACCUUAAAUGGACCCCCGGCUACGAGAAGAUCCCCGACAACUAG